UUAUAUUCUUAAAUUGUGUAUUUUUCAGAUUUUGUGAAAUUGGAAUAAACUUACUAUUUGUUCCUACACGAUCUGUGGAUGAUAAACUUGAAAACCUUCAAGAAAAGAUAAAAUAAUGUCUCAAAGAUCCCGUGUAAUAAAUUUGUACAAGACUCUGUUAUACUUGGGACGAGAUUAUCCACAAGGUUACGACUUCUUCCGAAGGAAGUGUCACGCUGCGUUCAUGCGUAACAAGGAUCUAAAUGAGAAGGAGGCGGAGGAGUGGGUAAAGAAAGGAGAUUACAUCAUCAAGGAGUUGGAAUCACUGUAUAUGCUCAAGAAAUACAGAACUAUGAAGAGAAGAUAUUAUCCAGAUGAUUAGAAGUCUGAAAUGAAGUUCUGAAGUAUAUAUUUAUAUUUUUAUAUAAAUAUUUACCUUGGAUUAAUGGCUGUGUAAGCUGUACAUACAAAAUAUUAUCUGUAGUCAAAAUAAAUUUUAGAUAUUAUAUUUAUUUAGUUUCAGA